AAGAAAACUGGGGCGAGACAAAAAUCAAGUUGUGGCGGGAAAAGUAAACGGGAUAUCCUCGUUUCUACCGUUGUUUAUCGCCUUUAUCGGCUUAGGAUAGACUUGUAAUUGAAGAUCGGUCAAUGUUGAGAAGAACCGAAGAUGUUUUCCGCUAAAAUUAACGAAAUACGGGCGUACAUGAAGGAACGCACCAAUGGCAAAUGUAACCCUCACUGGAACUGGCUGGCGGUGAAACUGAUGUGGCUUCUGUCAAAAUACCCCUCAGGAAUCACAAAAGCGAUUAUCCUGGCAGAGAUACAAAACUCAUGGAUCAACUUUAGCCAACUACAAGGCUACAGCGAACGCUUCAAGACGAGGAAAGUCACAGUCGAUUCGGUUUUGGAGAGUAAGUUCCUUAGGCCUGACGCCAUAUUGGAAGUUAAGGUAGAGGAAGUCAAAUGUAUUCCAGGCACGCAAACCAAGCUAGCAAUCCUGAAAAACUUGUCCGAGGGAAGGCAUGCCAUCGAAAUGUACCUGCACCAGAAACUUACCCAGAUAGAAGCCAGCUUGUCGAAGUACACUCUUAGAUUCACCAGCUGUCGCUUGUGGAGAGCAACUGAUGCGAAGAAUCUGAGAGUACUGCCUUCAGAUAAUGCUGUGGUUUUGCUUGAUAAAAGUGGCCUUGAUCAAUUAAGCCUGGGAAUAGAAAGCGUGCAGUUGACAGAAGUGGAGCGGCCUCAGUAUGGUGACAACAUCAGAGUGAUCGUAUCUGACAUUGGCAAAGAAGAAAUUGUUCACCUACCAAAUGGGGAAUCGUGUGUUAAACUAUGUGUGACAGUUGUGAACAUAGAUGAUGUCCAUGCCAGACUAUGCCUGUGGGACGAGCAGGUCCCUCUCAUACAUUUAUUCAACGAAGGUGAUACUCUCUUAAUUCACCAGCCAUUUCUAGUACCUGACGCUAGUGAGGGUUACACUAUAGAAUAUGGACCAGCAACUAUCAUAUAUUGUUAUCCACACAAUGUGGACAGAGAAAUCAUACCCAGUCAAAUUUCUGAAAGCACUCCAAUAUAUGUAACCAAGGAUAACCAAGGAUUUCUGGACUAUUCUACGUACCCAGAGAGAAUCAUGGUUGGUGAUAUCAGGUCAAGAAUGUUACAUGUAACGCUAUAUGGUGCUAUUGUACAUGUCACACCCAAGGAAAUAACAGAUGUUACAAAUGAGCAAGCACAUGUAUUUUCAAUGACUGUUAGAGAUGAAACAGGGGAUUGCAAUAUUUUUGUUUGCGAUCACACAAGAGAGUUCCAUGAAACAAUGUAUCCUGGGCAGUGUGUUAUUUUGGAAGAACUACAUUCCUCAGGGCAAGGAAGCCAGCUUUAUCUGAACACCAAGAAUGGGGGGAAGAUUUGGAAUGCCAGCUCUCUCUCUGGUUGGGUGGCCACUAAUUAUCUGGCAAGCACCCCUACAGAUGUAGCACAGGCAAGCAAAUAUCAGCACUGUGUGUGCCAAGGAGUUGUUGUCAAAGUUAUUGGGAAGUCCACUAUUCCAGGCUCUGUUUCAUAUGUUUCAAAGGUCCAUUCCUCCUGCUUGAGAGAGGCUGUGAGCAGUGGAAGAGAACUCUUCUGCAAGCACUGCAACAUCCAUCACCUGACUGAAUACAACUCAACAAACUCUACAAAGUCCAAACCAGAGAGAACUUGGCACUGGCAAUACACCUUAUCACUUCAAAUUCAUGACAACACUGGCAGCUUGCAAGCAAGGCUGACAGAGCAAACAGCCCAACAGAUGCUUCAAAUGCAGGCAGCUCAAUUUGCAAUACAUCUGACAUCAUUCACAAACCAGGCCUUGGAGUCGGUUCUAGCACAGGAAUACAUGUUUGGGCUGGCUUACUUAAAUGAAGAGUUUCAAAUUAACUCUGUGUCAAUGAAAACAUAGGUUUGUUUUUUUGAUAAGGUAAUAUGUCUCACCAAUAACUCAAGAAAAUGGUUCUUUGUUGUUAUUCUUAAAUGGUUUUGGUUUUCAAACAUGUGAAGGAUGAGGUUCUGAAAGCUGAUCUAGUGUUAAUUAUUCUUUGCACAACACAGGAACACUGGAUUUGCACACAUCAUAUAAUGUAUAACCCCAAGUAAUAGCUGGAUAGCAGUCUAGGUUCUUUUUAAGAAAGACAUGUAAAAUAAACAAAAUCAGAAAAGUAAAUGGAUUUUAUUUUGUUA